UUUCAAAAGAAACCUGCAUAUAUUUUACAUGAAUUGUUCAUGCAAGUUCCACAGAAAAUUCAUACACACACACUUUUUAUUAUUACAGAAUUUUCCAAUUUAAUAUUAAUAAUCAAAGGUAAAAUAAAAUAAAAUAAAAAAACCCCAAAAAGCCUUACAAUACAAGCACUCCAAAAAACAGAGACAGAAAGAACACUAUACAAUUAGCUCCCUCCCAUUCUUGCCUUUUCUUUUCUUCCCUUUCUUCCUUUCUUUAUUUCUUUCUUUCUUUCUUUCUUUCUUUCUCAUUAGAUCAAAUUCAAAAAAUAACAAACACUUCUCUCUCUUCACUACCAAUAAAAUCCUCUCUCUCUCUUUCUAUCUCUAAAACCUUCCAUUUAUAAAUCUUUCUUACACAUAUUUAUACACAGAGUCUUCUUUCUUUAUAUUGUAACUUACAUAGAGAAAAAUUAGAAAAAAAGAAAAAGAAAAGAAAAGAAAAGAGAGAGUUUGUUUGCUUAGUGAACAAAGAUGAGCAAUAUUGGGGUUAGGGCUUCAAUUCCAAGCAACGUUAGAAAGACGAUCCAAGAUAUAAAGGAGAUCACAGGUAACCAUAGUGAAGAAGAGAUUUAUGCAAUGCUCAGAGAUUGCUCUAUGGAUCCUAAUGAAACCGCUCAAAAGCUUCUUCUUCAGGAUACAUUUCAUGAAGUCAAAAGGAAGCGUGAAAGGAGAAAAGAGAGUUUGAACAACAGAGAAUCAGGAGAUUCUCGCUGGAAAGCUGGCACACAGGGACGGGGGAGGGGUGGCCGGGUGAAUUUUCCAUCCCGUUACACAUCACAUGAUGCUGGUGGUGGCAGGAUAUCUGGCCCUGCAAGGGACAAUGGAAGCAACCAAACUGCAGAGAAGGGAGCUGGCACUUCUCUGCCAGCCUCUCAAGAGAAAAGUAAAGAAACAAGUCCAUCAGCAAGCUUUGUGGGUGCUUCGGCCAGUGGUGCUGCUGGUGAAGCUUCUGGAAGCACCAGUGCAAUGCGUGCAUCCAAUUUAUCUGCAGGAGGUAGUGUAAGUCAAAAUGAAGAGACUUCAUCAAAUAUCAUUGUCGAUAAGUUGGGAAGUACAAUGUCACCUAGUGAUGCUGACAAAACCCCCUCUAUCACAUUUGGAACUGGGGAUGCACAUGGGGAACCAAUUCCAAGCUCUAGUAACUCCUCAGAGUCAGUGGCUCCUGCAUCAUCAUCAACAGUUUGUUUCUCGUCAUCUGAUCCUGUUCUUGUUCCAUCUAAUGAUUCAUGGCACCCUGGUAAUAUGGGCACCAUUAAACGUGAAGUGGGGGGCCAUCGAACUACCGUUGAAUUAAAUGCAAUUACUUCUUCUGAGAAAUCAGCUCCUGAGUCCGCUACUCUUCUGCAAGGGAAGGUGCCAAGUAAAUCCCAGGUCGGGAAGGGUCUGCAAAAUGAGGCUUCCCAACACUCAUCUGCAUCAAUCCACAGUGGUUCUUCUGGUAGUAGGCCUUCCUCUAACUACAGUAGUAGGUCGCAGCAAGCAACUGGUCUGCAGAAGGCUGGUUCUACUAAGGAGUGGAAACCAAAGCCAGCAAGCACAAACGUGCUUCAAGUGUCUGGAGCAGCUGGUUCAUCUGAUGUGCCUGAUAUUCCAGUUGAAGCCACUAUCCAAUCACAGCCUCUAUCAAAAGCCCUUGAUUCAGAAGAGGCCACCUCUAAGCUGCAGAAGAAGUUGGAGGAGUUGCAUUUUCCUCAGCGUCAGCAUGUUAUUAUUCCGAACCAUAUUCAUGUUCCUGAAUCUGAAAGAACAAAAUUGAGUUUUGGAAGUUUCGAUGCUAGUUUUGGAAUAACAACAAGCCUUGUUGGUGGUCCAGGGAGUGACAAGAGUUCUACACCUUUGUCUGAAACCUCUGAGGGUAUUGAUGAAACUGUGGAGGAGCAUGCUGCGAGCAAUCAAGAUACAAUGGAGACAGUUGAGGAGGGAGCAUAUCCUGAUCAUCCAGAGUCACCUUCCCAUGUGUCUGGAAACUUAUCUACUGAGGGUGAUGUCUCAUCUAGUGCAGUUCCUGACUAUAGUGAGUCCAAGCAAGAGACUGCAUUGAUGUCUGGGGGCCAGCAAUACUCAGUGGUGCAUACUACUCCGAACUACAGUUUUGGCUUUGUUCCUCCUGUGCUGAGUAGCCAGAUUGCAACAUUUGAAAACUCUGAAUCUCAACAGCGCGAUGUUUCUCGUCUUCCUAGUUUUGUCGUUCAACAAUCUGUUGAUCCUACAAGCUACUAUGCUCAAUUCUAUCGUUCAGGUGCGGAUACUGAUGGCCGUAUUUCUCCAUUUCCUUCACCUCCAAUUGCUGCUAAAUACAAUGGAAAUGUUGCAGUGUUGCCUCCACAUACUUCUCAGUCUGCCCAAGAGGGUGGAAAUUCUUUAGUUUUGUCAACAGCCGGUCCAACUCCUCUAGUGACUCAAGCUGCUGGGCUCAUGCAAAGCUCAAUACCUGUCACUCAGCAAGCACUCCCUGUCUUCCGCCCACCAACUGGGUUGCAUAUACCCCAUUAUCCUCCAAAUUACAUUCCUUAUGGUCAUUAUUUCUCCCCAUUCUAUGUUCCACCUCCAGGCAUCCACCAGUUUCUAAGUAAUGGUGCAUUUCCCCAGCAACCUCAAGCUGGGAGUGUGUAUCCAGCUCCACAGGCUGCAGCUGCCAUGGGGGUCAAAUACUCGCUUCCACAAUACAAACCUGGAAGUAAUACAGGAAACUCAACUCAUAUGGGAAUGCCAAGUGGCUAUGGGCCAUAUGGCUCUUCUCCAGCUGGUUAUAAUCCCAGUUCCACAGCAGCAGGAGGAAAUUCUACCACAGAUGAGGAUCUUGGCAGUUCCCAAUUUAAGGAUAAUGUCUACAUCACCGGGCAGCAGAGUGAUGGCUCAGCUGUGUGGAUUGCUGCUCCUGGUCGAGAUAUAUCUAGCUUGCCAGCAAGUUCCUUUUACAGCCUUCCUCCUCAAGGUCAGCAUGUAACUUUCACUCCAGCACAAGCUGGGCAUGGCACCUUUGCCAAUAUCUAUCAGCCUGCACAAGCAGUAACUGCGGCAGCUGUUCACCCGCUUCUGCAACAGUCUCAACCCAUGGCUGGAGCAGUUGAUUUGGUGGGUCCUGCAGCUAGUGUUUACCAGCAGCCUCAGCAUCAACAGAUAAACUGGCCUAGUAACUAUUGAAAGAUGGAAUGAUUUUUGUUUUUGUACACCAAGAAAACAAGUUCAGUCUUGGGUAAUUUUUGGGAACUCCAAGAAGUUUGGAAUAGGGGGACAGAAAGAAGAUACAAACACUGGCAGGAUCUGGAUUACGAAACUAGAGGAAGAGUCUUGGGAAAAAUUUGCCAGUGGUAUCUUAUAAUUGCUUGGGUCGGGGGCAUAAAAAAGCAGUUCACCUGUAACUGAUAUUGACCAUUUUAAGUUAGUCAAGGUAGGCAUGUGCAGUAUUCUCAUUUCUUCUUGCUGCCAUAUGGUGUUACAGUCUUCCAUUUCAUAGUCUAAAGCCUUAUUCUCCUCUUUUUUCCUCUAAAAGUCUUUGAACUAGGUUUAUAUUGUUGAGUGGUGAGAAUCUUUUUCAUUCUUUUUGACUUGAGGUUUUCUAGGUUUCUGGAAAGUAAGAUAUAGGUUGCUGGAGAAUUUUUCUAAUUCCUUUUUUCGAUUGUUAUUCCGCUACCUGUAAAGUGAAUUUUUGAUAGCGAGGGAAAGGAUGUACGUAACUGUUGUAAUUGGUAAAAGCGAAAGUGAACAUUUUAAUUGUUUA